CCGCAAUUCUUAAAGAAUUUCCUUCUUAUCAGGAUUUUCACAAUUUUUCGCUUCAAUUUCUCAAGAAUUUAAGCGAAAAUAAGAAAAACUUUUGUUUCUCAACUCUUGACGAAGAUUUUGACAACAGGAUAAAUAAAUGGUGAAGAAAAUUCAAAAUGGAAAACGAAAGUCUUAUCGAAAAACUUCAAAUGCUGCGGCAAUGGCAAUUGAAUCAAAUGAACAACGGUGACGACUCCGAACUCGGGCAGUUCACGGAGGAGCAAUUAGCUCUCAUGCAAGCACUGAUCAAUGACCCAAAUUGGAUUGACAUGGUUGGAGAUGAAGAUGACGAGGACGACGACGAUGCGGAGGAAGAUGAAAAGGAUGCCACAGCUGUUCAAGAAAUCUCAUCCGAAAGUGAAGACGAUGAAUUUCUGAACAACAUUGAAAAACAAAUCAACGCCAUUCGUUCGUCGAAUGUCUCAAUGGAGGCAGAAGGGCGUCGCGAUGGAGACGAUAACCCCUUGGAAACGCAGAAACUAACAAAAAUGCUUGCGAAACAUAACUUGGAUGAGACGCCGAUUCACGGGGCAAUGAAAAAUAAUUAUCUCACAGAUACGCCCUUGAAAAAUCUGGAUGACUUCAAGAUGGGAAACGAUGACGUAGGUCAAGAAGAACCCGACACGAAUAACGAACCAAAGCGCCCUGUCGCAAAAAGACCAUUUUUGAGGAAAGGCGAAGGCUUGACAACGCGUUUCAAAGUACCUCCGGAUGCCUUCAACCUGAAAAAUCUCCCAAAGUACAAAUAUGCGAGUCGAAAUGCAAUGUCACUCGAACAAAAAAUGCCUCAUAAGGAAAAAACAAAAGAUCGUCGAAGUAGUACAGGACCUCGACUUGAAACGGCAAAUCGUAGCAUGAGAUGCUCGAAACGGGAACAAAACAACAAAGAAAAUGAGAAGAAGAAACCACAACUCGCACGUUCAAAAACUGCGCCAUCAUCGCUUGCUCAAAUUGGUACAAAGAAAGAAUUGCAACAGCGCGAAACCCUGAAACGCGGACCAACAAUAAAUACUUCUUCUGAUCAUCCAAAAGGCGCUUGGGCUACAGAAUUCGAGAAAAAUACGCAUGAAUCGCCUCCUCGCUCUCCGAGUCAAUACAAAGUCCUCGAUUUGUCGUAUCAAGAGAACAAUCGACGAUCCGAAAUUGACGAACUCAAAUCUUUCGAAUGUCAUGAACGACGUUUGAGCGAAAAACCGAAUCCUGGAUCGACAAUGAAACAAUUUACAAUUGACGAAGACGACGAAACAAGCUAUCAUGUGCCUCCAGUUGCGUAUAAUCAUGUCAAAUUCGCAAGUCGUAUUGAGGGAGUUAUCCCGUUGGAUUCUGACACGGAAACUGUGAUGUCUGAAAAAGUUGAUAUGGAUGCCUUUACUUCGACUCCCAAUGAAAAAAUGGAUUUUGCGAAAUUUCGAGCUAAAUUAUUGGAUGGAGAAUCGGCAAAUACUGAAUUAAGUUUGAAUCCGACACAAAUGAAUUCAGCAGAUACAGCAGAUGAUACCGAAGAUACGCUUCAGCUUCAUAAGAGAACACUUGUUACACGCAAUGAGCUUCUGCAAGUCCAUCUGAAGGAGCUUGAACAUGAAGUUGCAACGUAUCAGCGUGAAAAUGCAAAACUCAUAAAGAUGAAACAAGAAUUUGAAAUCCAAAGAAAUGCCUUUGAACGCGAACGUGAAGACUGGGAGGCACGAAAACAAGACGAACGGGUACAAAUGGAGGUCUAUUUUCACGACGAACGCAUGAAAAUCAAGGAAAAAAUGGAUCAACUCGAGAAAAAGUUAAAGGAAAGUCACAAACCCACGCGAAAAGAUCGAGACGAAGUCAUAAAACUUAAUGACAAAAUUUCGCAACUCGAAGUUGAAUUGAAAGCGAAGGAAGUAAAGCAUGGAGCAGCUCAAGCACGUCUUCGAACACAAGUUAGAGCAUUGGAAAAACAAGUGCACGAACAAAAAUUGGAGUAUGACGUGAUGAAACGAGAAAAUAAACGUUUAGAAGCAGAAAAUGUGAGACUUCGACGUGAAAAUAACAGCAAAAUGUUACUUGAGAUCAACAAAAACAUUGCCAAACUUGCACAUACAGCACCUUCAGCACCAACGGAUCACAUUUCAAAGAAAGAAAUCACGAACAAAGCAUCACGAAGUCUUGUUUCAGCGAAAGUUGUGUCACAUCACGCUCCAAAAUCAUCAAAAACCAUGUCAAAAUCGUUACAAGACAAAAACCUGAGAGGAUCUUGCACGGAAUCUGAGAUCGAAAAUGGCUUCGAUGACGACGAAGAAGAUCAAUUCAACAAUAACAAUGGAAAUUCGGCUUAUUUCAAACCUCGUUCGACAACUCCUGUACAAGAAAAUUACUUAAGACAAUCAGCAGGAAAUGUUCAGAACAAUAACGACGCUACCAUUCCAACAACAGAUCAUCGAAAGGAAAUUGUGAAUGCAGAUGGAAGUAAAGAAAUCUACUAUCCAAACGGAAAUUUGAAAAAAAUCUCUGCAGAUGGAAUGAUUAUAAGGAUGAUGUACUUCAAUAAGGAUAUCAAAGAAACGAACAUUCAUGAUGGGACGAUCAAAUAUUAUUACGCUGCGAAUAAUUCGUGGGAGACAACGUAUGUCGAUGGCAAAACUGUUUUGGAGUUUGCAGAUGGUCAAACAGAGCAUCGUUAUCGUGACGGGCGUUUAGAAGUCAACUUUUCGAAUGGAGCGAAACGCGUUGUUGAUCCUUCCAAACCUGAUAUUUCCGAAAGUUGGACUUACCCUGAUGGUACAAAAGUCGACGUACUCAAAAAUGACGACAAAAUUCUGUAUUUACCAAAUGGACAACGUGAAAUUCAUACAAAAGAUCACAAGAGACGAGAAUUUCCUGACGGAUCUGUGAAAAUUUUGUACAAUGAUGGAAGUCAAGAAACGCGUUACUUCAAUGGAAGAAUACGAAAACGAGAUAAAGAGGGAAAUUUAACAUUAGAUACGGGAGCUCCUGCGGAGUAAAUUUCACAAAAUGUAGAUUUAAGUAGUGAUAGGAAAGUUUAAGCACAAUUUUUUUCGUCCUUUUUUGGUUUAACCAGAAAUUAGUUUGAUUUUCACGUUUUUAUCGUUCUAUUUUUCAAGUUUUUUUUUUUAAUGUUUGCUAAGUUACAUGUACAAUUUAUAUUAAAAGACUACUUGCUAAAGA